AUGAAGACCACCACUACACUUCUGAUGGGACUUUUCUCACUACUCCCAAGUGCACUUGCCGACGCCCCCGCCUACUGUGUGCCUCUGUAUGAGGUUGAUCAGGCCAAUACCUACUACUACUACGAUGAAUCCACCGCCUGCAGCUCUGCGGGAGUGGGCACCAACUGCUGCGUCACUUUUAUCACGGGGGGCACCUGUGAGCCCGACUCGUUUACGAGCGAAGAGGUCUCCAACCUGGAAAGUGCAGUCGGGCAGCAAGUCGCCAAAGACGGCCAGUUUGAGACAAGCACCGUCGGACAUUGGCAGGCCACCUUUGCGACGCUCACCACGGCCAUUGCCAACCAAAACGUCCUCACGGAAUGGUUCCAUGGCAUCAACUCGUUCGCCGCCAAACCAGGUUCCAUGCCUUACACAGUGCAGUUUGUUCUGGACGGAGAUUAUAUGCAGGUCAACUAUCAGUGUUGA